AUGGGUCUUAUUUCAGGAGCAACUAUCAUCCGAUCCAUAUCUCUCUUCCACAUCACUCUGGGCUACUUCUUCCUCACUUCCCCCGCGACAGUCGCGGACCAGUCCCUAGUUUUCAUAAUUGGAGAGGCCAUGGGCAUGCCAUAUUCGCGCGCCUUCGAUACUAAAUCGCAGCCCCUCGCCUUCCUCGCAGUUGUCCUUUUCUUCGUAGGCGUCACCGAUCUGGUCUCCGUCUCGCACCCGGAGGAAGUCUCCCUGUACCACUGGGGUGCUCAAGCUCCGGUCCGGCUCGCGCUCUUCGGCGCCCUCGCGAUCUACUCCUACGCGUUCUCGUCCUCGUCGCCUCUUUACGCGUCGCAAAACUACCAGAAGAGCUCCUGGGGCGAGGGACUUAAGAAUAGGGUAGUGUUUACGUGGGCCUUCUUGGAGAUGAUGACUUGGUUCUGGGUCUUUGUCACAUUGAGGGAGGAGAGGAGGGAAUGGGCCAUUCGCAUUCAGCAGAAGCGAGCUGCUGAGGAGGAGGAGAGGAUGUAA